UCUUCAGAAAGUGGCUUUAUCUGUCUUCUUCUUCUUGUGCCAUAUCUGUCAUCAGACGUUAGUGAUCAUGUUGGAGAUCCUAUUUUUAUCAACAACCUCAAAAGUGCUAUUGAGUUUUGUCCAAACCAGUCCCUUAGAUUUUGAAGCCAUAUUUUCUUCUGCCUGGACCUCGUUUGCCUUCAAUCUUUCCUUGAAGGAUUAAGUGAAGUAUGCCAUAUUUUUCUGGGUGUCGCAUCACAUGUCCAAAAUAUUCUAACUGUCCCUUUUUUAUGGUUUUGAUUAUUUCCUUUGGCUUUCCCAGGCGGCUUAUCACCACCUCAUUUCUGAUUUUGUCAACCCAACGUAUACAUAACAGCCGCCCAUAAAUUCACAUUUCAAAUGCUUCUAGACUCUUCAAGUGACUUUCUGUCAGAGACCAACUCUCCACUCCGUAGGGCAGGAUAGAAAAGAUGUAACAUCUGACAAGCCUGCUUUUCAAUCUUAGGCUUGUGUCGUGACUGCUGAAGACCUUUUUCAUUUUGAAGAAUGCUGUUUGAGCUUUCUGUAUCCUUGUUUUUACUUCAAUGGUCAUGUUCCAGCUUUAUCUGUAGGUCUCCUCAAAAAAAUAUAAAGACAUUCCAAGCCAUUAAUGUGUGUCUGCAAUAAAAGAGAAUAUAUGUAGUUCAGGUUGAACUGUUCGGUUCUUGAUGCUCUCUGAAGGAAUUUGGACUCCUCUGUAUUCUUUUCUGAAAAGUCAGGUCCAGGAACUCGAUCAGUCCUUGGGAAAUAGUGAGAAGGAAUCUUUCUUGUAUGGCCAAAGAAAGCGGUAGGGAGAAAAAACUGGUUCUGUGUUGCCACCUUGUGGGAGAAAAAUACAAACCUUCUACAAUCUCAAGAUAGGAUCCCAAAUAUCUGAUCCGAUACUCCCAAAAGUCUCAACCAGAAUACCAUUGGUGAGGGAUCUUGGGAGUGAUUGUUCAGGAGGCUUCCCAGCCCUGCACUGUAGGAAAAGAAAUCUUGUCCAGCUAGGCACAUCUCUGCUUGCCCAAGGUGUCUAAAAUUAAACCAGGAUGUGACACAAAGGUUUAGCAUCUUUUGUUAGUAUCAGCUACUACUCAAGACUCUUUGGAGAACUGAAUGGAGAGAUGGAGAGUUCACAAAGAGUUGCUCUUUGUAAUUGCAUGUCAGAAGACAGUGUGAGGGCAGGAGGAUUCCACCUAGGUUCCUGGUGCUUCAUUCAACAUGGCAGUGCCAUUUUUAAUAGGCAGCUGGAAAGGGUCUGAUAGAAACAGUGCAAACAUAAAAAAAUAUCCAUGAGUAUUGAGUGGGUAAAAAUAGCUGACAGUAAAAACUAAAAGAUUAUAUUACAAUACAGUUAUACACAAAAGGGUGUUGAAUGGAUGGAUCAGAUUUUUCUUUGAUUGGCAUAUUUUUGUAUGUAAUUAUAUUUAUCCCAGUUCUGUAUGCCCAUUGGGAUAAAAAAAUAGAUCUAAAACAAUUAAAUUGCUUAAAGACAUUCCUAUGAGUUCAAGGUCUGCACCAGGCUUGGCUUUUCAAAAGUAAGUGAUCUAAGGUUUAUUUUGAUGGAGUAUCAAAGGAGUUUUAAGGAAUGAAAUGGAUUAUUUAAAUAUUUGCAGGUCUUAGGGCUCCAAUUUUACCCUUAAAAAAACCCCAAAAUGAAAAAGUUCACCUGCUUUGGGCAUUCUGAGCAUGAUAAAAGGAACCACUGGUGAUGUUGCUCCAAGAAAUCCAUUCUUUGCACCCUUAGUUUAUAAUCCAAAAUUCUUGUAGAUGAAAGUUAGAUAGAACUGUUUUUAAGGAAAGUGGAUUUCUGAGAUCAUCCACACCACAAUAGUUCCCCAUGCGAAAAAUUUUAAUGUAAGACUUUUCUAUGAGCAUAUUCUGUUCCAAGUCUAGGUGAAGCACUUUUAAAUAUAAAAAUAUUAAUAGGUAUUCUGUCAUGAGUGUAAACCUGACAGAUACUUCAGAGGUUCCUGUUCUCCAGGUCAGGGAGGUUCUAUGAUUAUUUCACGAAAUAUUUUUGGAUGCAGUUGGGAAUAACAUAAUACAAUGAACGAUAAUGUUUGUAUUCUUUUGCAAAAUUUAUGUUUAAUUUGGUAUUGCUAUUCUUAGCUAACAUUAGAGGAUUUGCUUUUUAAAAAUUUACUGGCAGUUACAGAUACAUUAGGAUGGAACCAAGGAAAUAUCCAUAUAACAUUCUAUUAAUGUAGCAGGCCAAUUGCAAGGAGAUUUAAUUUAAAAAAUUGCAAUAUAUACCUUUGCCAGGCCAGUCACAAACAAAAAGGUAUCUAAUUAGGAGUUUCUUCAGCACCUUUAUUUAAUUGGAUGGAGACACUUAUUGAAAGAAUUUUGUAGCCCAGGAAGGACUUCUCAUAGAGCUACAACAGGCAGGGGCCAUAACUGGACCAGAAGCUUGCAAGAAUGAAAACUAAUCUUCACAUUCAGAGAAAUGGAACUGGGUUCCUGAUCUGUGUCUUUGUAUUUUAGGUAGGAUGGAGUGGAGAGUUGACGGGUCAAAGCACAGAUUAGACAGACCUCCCUCUUCCUGCAGGAGUUUGCCUAUCCAACAAGCACGAUUCAGGGAGCAGGGUUUGUGGAGUACCUUAACUAUACUAUCACUGUUUGCUGGGACAGUCAUGGCAAGUCCACAGACAUUGAGAGCAGCUUCGGGAAGCCUGGGCUCUGCCAGCUCUGCCUCUAUGGAAAAAAACAACAUGGAAACACCAUCUCUGGCUGCAUUGAACCACCAGAAUGGGAAAAACAUCACCAUGCGAGACCUGAGCGCAUCAGAAUUUCUCAGGGCUGAACGUUCCCCAUCACGCUCAGGCAAUGCCAGGAAAAACUUCAGAAGGUCUGCAAACGGUCCUUGUCGCAAACAUAGCCGCUCAGUCCUCGUGCGGAAUCUGGGGCUUGGCUAUGAAACUGAUGAGGUUGUUUCGCUCAAUUAUUGCAGUGGGUCAUGUACCCAAACUAACUAUGAUGUAGUCCUGAGUUACAUCAUGCAGAAUGGUAUUUUGGGGCCUCGGAAUAGGAAUUUUCUUUCUCAACCUUGCUGCCGACCUAUCCUGUAUGAGAACUUCUCUUUCCUGGAUACGUACAACGUCUGGCAAACUGUGCAUGAAGGUUCAGCAGCUCAAUGUGGUUGUGUGGGCUAAAUAUGCUAUCUGUUCGGAGCUCCCGGGGUUUCUGAAUUGACAUAUCCUUGUUCAUGCUACAGAAAGAUCAUAAAAGAUAGAUAUAAGAAAUCAUAGACAUCCAAUUUGGUCUAGUGGUUAAGGCACCAGGCUAGAAAGUGGGAAAUGGUGAGUUCACAUCCCACCUUAACCAUGAAAGCCAGCUGGGUGACUUUGGGCCAGUCACUCUCUCUUAGCCCAACUCACCUUACAGGGUUGUUGUUGUGGGGAAAAUAGGAGGAAAGUGUGCUGGACAUAUUCAUUGCCUAUUUGUAAAAAUGGUAAAGGCGGGAUACAAAUAAAUAAAAUAAAAAUAAGCCUGCCCUGCCGGUAAGUGGCAGCAGGAGGAGAAAUAAACUUCACACUAGCGCUUUUCCGUCCAGAUGCAAGGAAUAAAUGGACAAUUAACAGGAGUGAAUUAUAGUAUUGUUGGCCUAAAUCUUGGCCUUUUUUGGAGAGUAUUCACCUCUCAUCAGUGAUGUUAGUUAUAGUCAGGUGAAAAAGAAAGCACACCCUCUGAGUUCUAUGAUGUAUCAGGACAUAGUAAAAAUCAUCUGGUCUUUAGCAGUUCUUAAAAAUAGGUAAGUACAACUUCAGAUGAACAACACAUGACAUAUUACACCAUGUCAUAUUUUUUUUUACAAAAAGCCAAAAUGGAGAAGCCAUGUGUGAAAAACUAAGUACACCUUAUGAUUCAACAUCUUAGCAGCAAUAACUUGAUCAUUAAUCAUUUUCUGUAUGACUUUAUCAGCCUCUCAUAUUGUUAUGGAAGAUGUUUGGCCUGCUCUUCUUUACAACAUUGGUUCAGUUCAUUGAGGUUUGUGAGCAUUAGUUUACGCACAGCUCUCUUGAGGUCCUGACACAGCAUUCAAUUGGGUUGAUGUCUGGACUUUGAUUGGGUCAUUGCAACACCUUGAUUCUUUUCUUUUUAGUCGUUCUAUUGUAGAUUUGCUGGUGUGUUUGGGAUCGUUGUCCAGUUACGUGGCCCAAUGUUGGCCAAGUUUUAACUGUUGGAUAGAUGGCCUCACAUUUGACUCUAGAAUACUUUGGUAUACAGAUGAGUUCAUAGUUGAUUCAAUAAUUGCAAGGUGCCCAGGUCCUGUGGCUGCAAAACCCCAUGCUUGAUGGUUAGUAUCAGAGGUUUGUGCUGAUAUACUCUUUGGUUUUCACCAAAUGUGGCACUGUGCAUUAUGGCCAAACAUCUCCAUAUUGAUCUCAUCUAUCCAAAGGAUAGAUGUGUUCCAGAAGUUUUGUGAUUUGUUCAGAUGCAACUUUGCAAACCUAAGCCAUGCUGCCAUGUUCUUUUUAGAGACAAGAGUCUUUAUCCUGGCAACCCUUCCAGACAAACCAUACUUGUUCAGUCUUUUUCUAAUUGUACUGUCAUGAAAUUUAACUUUUAACAUGCUAACUGAGGCCUGUAAAGCUUGAGAUGUAACUUAGAUUUUUUUUUUUUGCAAUUUCUCUGGGCAUUGCACAGACUGACCUUGGGGUGAAUUUGCUGGGACAUCCACUUCUGAGAAGAUUGGCAAUUGCCUUGAAUAUUUUCCACUUGUGAAUAAUCUUCCUCACUAUAGAAUGGUGGACUUUAAAUUGUUUAAGAAUGGCCUUAUAACUCUUCCCAGGUUGAUGGAGAGCAACAGAUGCUUCUCUAAGAUCAUUGCUGAUGUCUUUCUGUUUUGGCAUUCUGUUAACACAAACCUCAAUACUAGAGACCAGCAAACUCCUAAAACUUUGGCUUUUAUAGAAGUAGUCACACUUGCUGAUGGUCAGUUGAUCAAGGGCACUUGAUUAGUAGCAUCUGGCUGCUAUUUAGCCUCUUCAUACCUCUUGAAGCAGUAAGCAUGUACUCAGGGGUGGGCUUCAAAAAUUUUAGUAAGGGGUUCUUUGGCCAGUUGCUGGGUGGGCGUGGUCAUGGCCUAGUUGGCCACCUGCACCACAGCCUGGGGAGGGUGUUUUUGCCCUCCCUGGGCUCCAAAGUCUUUCUUCAAGCCUCCGGGAGGGCAAAAACAGCCUCCCCAGGCUCUGGAGGCUUCUGGAGGCCAGAAACACCUUCCUGAACGUCCAGUAGGCCCGUUUUUUGCCCUCACCAAGCCUCUGCACACGCCCUGCACUUACCUGCAUCCAAAACAGGCCACAUGGGGACUCCUGGGCAGGGUAGGGUGGGCAGAGCCAGCCAGGAGUGGGAUUUGGGGAUUCUCCAAACUGCACAGAAUCUUAGCUAAAGGUUCACCCGAACCCCCAGCAGCCCACCCCUGAGUGUACUUAGUUUUUCACACAUGGCUUCUCCAUUUUGUAAAAUAAAUGAUGGCAUGGUAUAAUAUGUCAUGUAGUGUUGUUAAUCUAAGAUUGCAUUUACCUACUUUCUAAGGGCCAGAUGAUUUUUACUAUGUCCUGAUAUGUAAUAACCAUAUAGGGUGUACUUUCUUUUUUGCAUGACUCCAGAAUGGACAUUUCUCCUUUAAAGAUUGGUCUAUCAACAGCAUUGUGAAUCUUCUUACCUAUCAAGCCUUUUGUCCCACUGAAGAAAAAGCAUUGGAAAUUCUCACACCUUAUUCAAGAGAUAGGGGGUGUGGCAUUUAGCUUGAGAUAUUUGUAAUACGAAUUGAUCUUCUUCCAGGUAGUUGAAAGAAGGCUGUUUACUAGGUCAUGUCAUCUUCUGCAAUUCUCUCCCAUUUUAUUUGAGCCCACCAUCUGCCUUUUCUUUAGAAACAUGUUCUGACUGCAUCUAGGUAGGAACAAUUGUGGAUAAGCAUGAAGGACAAUUUUGCAAGCCUAUUUGGUGCCCUGAACAUUCAGUGGUCGCUCCAACCUUGUGACCUGUGCUAGAAUAAUCAGUGCAUUAUCUGAGGAUUGAAUAACAUUCUGGUUUGUUUGGGAGAAGUUUGAUGAUUACAACCAUCAGCCUCAUCUGAGAAUUUUUCAGGUGAGAGCCUAUCCUUAGCAGAAAUGGUAUGGAUGUACGAAAGGACAAAUUUGAUGUGUUUCUCAGAGCUACCAGAUCUGGGUUAAGGAAGGUUGAUGCUAUCUAGUAGUUAUCAGGAUUUUUGCAAGCCAGAUGUGGAAGCACAGUCAAGGCCUCUGCAGGUAGAAAAGGGGCUUGGUAUAAAGCAAGUGAUGGCAGUGGCAUACUGGUGUGCAACAUGCACAGCCACACUAGCAAUGGUUUGGAAUUUGACUACUGCACUUACCAGGCUGGCAAUGGAAGCAGCAGUUCCGGUUCAACCAUUAUUUAGUACCAGCAGAGUGGGAACCCACCUGCUUUAGAAGUGACAUUUUCUAAACCUAUUUAAAAAGUUUAAAUUUUCUAAUCCAACUUAUUUAUUCUAUAAGUUAUUUAUUUAUUUGUACCCCACUCAUUCCCUAGUGGCAACCUAUUUAUGAAGCUGACAGCGGGUCUGGUAUACAUUAGAAACUGAUGCUAUGCCCUAGGAUCAGCAAUUCCUAUUCCCCCCACCCCACCCCCUUUCCCCACUUGGCCUUAACAAGGGCAUUUCCUAUUCCUCCUUUCUUGAUUUUGUAUUCUUUGUCCUCUAUUUGCAUUGGGAUAAACUCUAUUUUUGUACAACAACAACUUCCUGUAGCAAUAAAGCCUGCAAAAGCAA